AUGGAGAGGAAAUGCCAGUACAUCGCACACCUGCACAGUGCUGCUCUGUCUCCCUUUCAGGGCCAGGAGAAAGAGCAGUUUGAGUCUGCUGCUGGCUUUGAGAGCACAGAGUCUUUUAGCUCAGGCAGUGGAGUCUCUCGCUUUCAGAUCCAAUGGUCCCAGGUAGUGAGCCAGAUUGACAAGCUGACGUCGGAUUUUGAGUUUGAGCUGGAGCCGGACGACUGGACCACAGCCACAGUGAGCAGCACAUCCAGCAGCGAGAAAGGGGGUGGCACAUUUGACCUCAGCCAGCUGGAUUUCAUGACCUCGGACAUCCUCUCUGACAGCUGGGAGUUCUGCUCCUUCCUGGAGGUCUCCACCCCGUCUGACUCUGGGGACGGUUCGGAGCAGCAGCCAAGCCGCCAGCCAGACUACCGGCUGAUGAACGGCGGACUGCUGACCCCUAAUGGACCCCGGGUCGAGACGCCUGAUUCUUCCAGUGAGGAGGCCUUCAGCUCCCGCCCCAACCUCAAAGUCCAGCACCAGAGGAUGCCAGGCAUGAGGGAGCGAGUCCGCUUCAGUGACAAGGUGCUCUACCAUGCCCUUUGUUGUGACGAUGAUGAUGGGAACAGUCAAGAAGGUACCAGCGGUGUGCCGCUGCCCGAGGACCUUCCGGAGGAGCCCAUCGAGGCGGGGCACAAGCCGCCGGCUCGGCCUGUUGCCAAUCCACUGCUGCCACAGCGGCACUCUCCUCACCUGAGUGCCACACAGCCACAGAAACUGAUGAGGAACAGCAGCACACAGACCAUGUCGGACAAAAGCACCCAGACGGUGCUUCCCUAUGUGUCAGCCAAGCAGAAAAUCAAAGGCAAAAACUGAG